UGUGACGUGAACACACUACGAGUCUGUGUUAAAAUUCGAUAUGAUGUGUUGAAUUAUUAGACAAUACGAGCUGUUCUUGUUCUUAAUGUGUUUUUUUUUUGUUUUCUCCUAUAUUAUUUUUGGUGAAUUUUUCUAAACUAUGGAUUCUCUUUCCAUGCUUUCUCCUUCAAACAUGAUGGCGUUCCUGCAGAAUCGUUCCAUAUCCCUGGUGGACAUGUACAUCGACAACUCUGAGCCGACGGAGAAUGUCGGCCAGAUCCACUUCAGUUUGGAGUACGACUUUCAGAAUACCACCCUCAUCUUGAGGAUUAUUCAGGGGAAGGAAUUGCCCGCCAAAGAUCUUAGCGGUACAUCGGACCCUUACGUGCGGGUAACCUUGCUACCCGAUAAGAAGCAUCGGCUCGAGACCAAGAUCAAGAGGCGCACGCUGAACCCUCGGUGGAACGAGACCUUCUACUUCGAGGGCUUCCCAAUACAGAAGCUUCAGAGCCGGGUACUUCAUCUUCAUGUGUUCGAUUACGAUCGGUUCUCAAGGGACGACUCCAUCGGUGAAGUUUUUCUACCUUUGUGCCAGGUGGAUCUAAGCGAAAAGCCAUCCUUCUGGAAGGCUCUAAAGCCACCGGCGAAGGACAAGUGUGGGGAGCUGCUGACUUCACUCUGCUACCAUCCCAGCAACAGUGUUCUCACUCUCACCCUGCUGAAAGCGAGGAACCUGAAAGCCAAGGACAUUAAUGGGAAAUCAGAUCCUUACGUGAAAGUGUGGCUGCAAUUCGGCGAUAAACGUAUAGAGAAACGCAAGACGGCCAUCUUCAAAUGCACACUGAACCCAGUGUUCAACGAUUCGUUCUCAUUUAACGUGCCCUGGGAGAAAAUCAGGGAGUGUUCCUUAGACGUUCAGGUCAUGGACUUCGAUAAUAUUGGUCGGAAUGAGUUGAUUGGCAGAAUAUUGCUGGCCGGCAAAAAUGGUUCCGGCGCAACCGAAACGAAACACUGGCAAGACAUGAUAACAAAGCCUCGACAAACCAUAGUGCAGUGGCAUCGUCUGAAACCCGAAUAAAUACUUAUUGUUAUUAAAAUAAAAAAGAAAAGAAAAUUUUAACAAAAAAAAAGUUAAUACAAAAACGUCAUAAGACUGAGCGGUUAACAAAAAAAAAAAAAUUAAAUGGAAGCACAGAAACCAAAGAGAAUCUCUACUCUGUCUUACUGGACUUUGACGAAUUGCACUUUUUUCUUUUAAUUUUUUCUCGACGUUUUUUAGCAACCAGGACUAUAAAUAAAGAUAUAUUUCUAUUGGUUCAAUUAUAUUUAUUAUUAUUAGAUAAUUAAUUAACAGAAAUUAAAAAAUACAUAUAUAUAUUGACUCAAUAUUUAAGUAUUUGUAAUUUUUAAUAGAAUUAUGUACCCAGGUACUAAUUUUAAAAAAUACCUGACAUAUCCAUUUGACAACGUCCUGGUUGCAUUUAAUUUAAAUUAAUUAUUACUUUAAUUAUAAUUUAAAAUAUUCCUUUUAGGUUAUUUAAAAUAUAAGUGGCUCUUUUUUUUACUUACCGUAACAAUUUUUUUUUAUUCUAAAAACUUUGAAAGAUAAGCACGGCCAAUCUUCAAUACCUUUUCUAAUGAAAAAAAAAACUUCACAAAAGUUAUCAAUGGUGUAAUCUUCAGAGAUUUCUAUCGCCAAUGCGUAUUUAUGACGAAUUUCCCAAAACUUGCACUUCACACGCGUUAGUGAACGCUAUCAAAAUGUUAUAUAUAUAACAUGCAUUUAUUUUCAUCAUAUUUUUCUCUAUUUUUAUAUAAGUAAUUGAUUAAGUUGAUAAAGUAAAAUUGCCAAACAGUAAUUUUACAAUAAAUAAAUCACAAUAUAAAUUAUUAAACAAUAAAUAAGAGCUUCUUUUAAAACAACGACAAGUAAACAACAUAUACAUAAAUAAAUUCUAUAGUCUAUUGUUGGAUUUAUUUUUUGUAUUGUUGAAUUACACAAACAAUUAUAUUUCUCUUAUAUAUAUAAUAUAUUAUAUAAUAUUUUGAUAGCGUUUGCAAACGAUAUCUUUCCAAAUUUAAACAUUGACGUUUUAAUAUAAUGGUUGGAAUCGAUGUUAAGGUUUUUAAUAAAUUGUUAGAAAUAUAAAUUAAUUGUUAAAUCGUAGAGAAUAUACGAAACAAUGUCGAGUUCGCAUCGCACAAAAGGGUGUAGACAUUUCCUUUUUUACUUUUUGAUGUAAAAAACUAGUUUUAAUGAAUGAAAAUAACAAAUUUAUUAUAUCAUUUUAAUACUGCUCAAAUACAAUGCAAAAAAAAAUAUAUAAUAUCAUAGAGCUAUUUUAAACCAUCCUAAUACUUCUGAAUGUCUCACGGGUAAAUUCUAUUAUUUUUGUGAUAAAAUAAAAAUAAUAAAAUAUUAACUGCCAAAUUGUUACGUAUAUCGAGCAACAAAGAACAAAUUAAUAAGUAUGUUGAGAUAUGUGUCAAAAUAUAUAUAUAUAUAUAUCUAUAUAUUUUGCUUAAUCAUUAAAAGUUCAGACAUUCUAAAUUAAGUAAGAACGGGACGUGUAAGUGUUUGGUCAAUUUUAGGUGAGAAAAAAAAAAACAUGUAAAAAUCCGAGGAAGUUUUUUUACAGCGAGUUAGGUACUAAUAUGAAAGGAUUCAUUUAAUAUCAGAUAGUUAUUUAUAGUUUCCGUUGACGAUGUAUUUAAAAUAGUAAUAUAAUAGUAUCAAGAUGCUUAUUGUUACAUGUUUACGAUGCUUACAUUCAAUAAUGUAGUUCAAUUUGAUGUUAUUAAUGAACGAGUAUAUAAAAUCAUCAGAAUCCAAAAUAUUGUAUACAUUUAUAAAAGUUUUAUAGUGAAGUGUAGUUAUUAUAUAUAUACAUAGGUGUACCUAAAACCACGUUAUAAUAAUAUAUUAAAAUAAUUGGGCACUUCGGUUAAAAAUAAAAACAGGUUUUAGUAUAAAAACUGACAUUAGAAAAAAGAGGUCGCUUUCGUAUGAAGGAAAUUUAUUUUUCGAAAUGGGGUAAAUGUUUGUAUUUUCUCAUGUUUUACAUUCAUAUUUUACUUGUAUAUAUAUAUAUAAGUAUUAAUUAACAAGAAAACACUUAUUAUAUAUAAGUUUCCUUAAAUUUUAUUAAUUGAUUUAAGACAAUUUACUAUACAUUUAUUUAAAAAUGAAAUGAAGCAAAGUUAGUUUAAUUAAUUUAAUACUGCAUAUAUAACGAAAUUAAUGGUUUACACGUGAAACUGUCCAUGCAAUGAAUGAUUUAAAGCUAGUAUCUUUCCGCUAGUUUCGUAAUUUAAACUUGACUUAGUUUGGUAACAAGUUGCUGAUGUGACAUAUGAUAAAAGAUUAUAAAAUCUUUUUUUAACAUUUUAUAUGAAUUAAUUUAGAAAUAUAUUUUGUAAUCCUAUCAUCAGAAUUUUAUUCUCAAAUUAUAACACUGUAUUUCUAAAUUUAUUUGUUUGAUUCAUAUUUAUAAUAUUUUAUUUUUAUAAGAAAAUCUUGUGUUUGUGGUUACAUUAUUUAAACAAACUAGUUUUUUUAAGUUAAAACUAGUUUUCAUACAUUUCGCUUUCGUUAUUAACGUUUCGCUUUGUCCAAAAAUCUAUAUAUACUUUCAACAAAAAAAAAAUAUUUUUCGUAUUGUGUUAUAUUGUAAUCUUCAUGUAAAUAACGAUACUUUCGUCAUCUAUUCAUAUAAUAUGUGGUCUAUGUAAUACAAAUUGCAUAGAUACAAAGAUCUCUUUAAGACAUUGUUCGAUGGAAGGUUUUCUUUUUAGAUAGCACAAAAUAAUGCGACAUAAAACUUUACAUAACAACUAAUUUUUUUUUAAUACAUGCCCGAAGUGCCUUGUUCUUUUAAUAUGCGUAGUUUGUUGUCAUAGAUGUUAGACAGUUUAUGUAAAUUAGUUGCAGUAACAUCUGAUGAACAAUAAAAAAAAAUAUUGUCAGUGAAAAUAAUCACUAAAUCAUUCAUCGUGAAUUAAUAAAACCCUACAGAGCUUCUAAACCCGAUUUUAGAGAAAUUUGCCAACAAAACAAAGGUAUUUCAGUAGAAGGUUAAUAAGGUACUUAAUAGCUAUUUUUAGAUCUAGGUUAGUGUGUAAUUUGAGCCUUACAGUUGGUUUCAUCGAUACUUACAAUGUAUGUUUUAGUACAAGAAAGCUUUUUUCACGAAAUUAUCAAGUUAAUUUAUAUAAUGAAUUAAAUUGUUUAAGUUAAUAAAUGAUUAUGAUGUAAUUUAAUAAAUUAAAUUAUACAAUUUAAUAAAUUAAAUUAUACAAUUUAAUAAAUUAAAUUAUGCUAGUUAAUAAUUUAAAUUAUGCUAUUUAAUAAUUUAAAUUAUGCAAUGUAAUAAUUUAAAUUAUCUAAUUUAAUAAAUUAAAUAAUUUAAUUUAGUAUUAUAUUUUACAAAUUUCUAAGAAUUGUGUGACCUAUUGUCGAGGGAAUACAACCUCAAGUGAACACACCUUGCUCAGUAAAAGACACAAGGAAAUUCGCUAUUUAUAAAUUUUUGUACCUAGUCAAAUUAAUUAUGGUUCUAUAGAAUAAUUCAUUAUUAUUUAUUAUUUACUAUUUAUUUUUGUUUAUACACUUUUAGGAUUGCAUUAUUAUGCACUUUUUUGUAAUAAAAUGUCAUAUUGCGCCAAACGAGCCGCUUAAAAAUACAGGUUCGACGUUCCGGUUGUAAAACUUAUUUUUUCGCGGAAUACGUUUUGUGCAACACUUUAGCAAGUAUCGAUGCAACCAACUCCAUAUUUAGGACAACUUCAAACCUAACGGUUUAUACUGUAGUCGGUGUGUGGCGGCCUUAUGCCCUGGCGGUGUUGGCUAGAUCUAUCAUUCAUAGUCAUUAAAGAAUAAAGAAUAAUAGCUAAAAACUAUAUUUUUUACUCUCGUGUUUUUGAAGCGUACGCUUCUUAAUUUGGAAUCUCCCUUACGAAUGUUGGUGAACCUAUAAAGUGUGCUUCUUAAUUAUUUUUGCUAUGCAUUUUAAUCGUUAUUUUUACGUGUAGGUACGCUACGCUUAUAGUUAGGGACCGUCAUUACAUCAUACAAUAUAAUUUACGCGUGCCAUUUUUAAAAUCAAUAAAGGCAUAUCCUGGUGUUGCUAAGGGAGUUUUAAAAUAAAAAAAAAAAAAUUGUAAGUAUAAAAGAAAGGUCAAAAAUGAGAGGAAUUAUUCUAUAAAUGUACAUAUUAAUAGUGUAACAUGCAUUGCUGUCAUUCAGAAUUCGCGAAGAGUGUGAAAAGGUUAUUUUUCAAGUAUUUUACCUUUUGAAUAUACUACCUCUCUUUUUUGCUUUUUUAAACUUUAAUUAUAAGAUUUUAAACCAGUUUUAAACUAGCACAAAUAUUAGUUUUCUUUUUAAACUAUCAAACGAAUAUAUAGUUAAUUACUUACGAAUAUACAGCGAUUUAAUUAAAAAUAAUUGUGAUUAAUUUCCGAAGCAUUGUGAUGUACAAUAUUAGAACAUAUCAAUACAUUUUUUUAUUUAAUAAACGCCUCUGAGGAUAUAUUUUCAUGGAAGUAAGUUAUUGUUCUAAAAGAGAUAUAAGUAUAUAUUUUUCGCUAAAACAUAAUGAUUAUUUUUAAUAAUACAGAUAAUAAGCAUAUAAUAAACUUUAUUUUCUGUUUUGAUAUAUUUAAUUAAAAAAAUUAUAAAUUUGUUAAUGAAGCAGCCCAUUUCUAGGUUUCAAUGUAUUCUCAAUUUUGUCAUAGAAAUUUGUGUUUUUUUUUUUCAAUUAAAAUAAAAAAUAAAUAAAAAUCAUCAUUAUUCAUUAUCAUUGCAUUAAUGAAUGAUUCAAUUAGUAAAGAUGUCGCCAAAAUAAUUGUAUUGUAUUGUACAUUUUGUCUAAUGGAUUCUUGUAAAAUUUUCUAUUGACAAAAGUGGAAUUCAAUAAAAAAUAAUUUUUCUACUGUAAUUGCUGUCUAAAAUAUUCAAUUAGCAUUACCUAAAGGUUUUUUAUUUUAACAAAUUUCGAAAAUACUGUAAAACGAAACGCUCGUAGGUAGCUAUCGAUUUAUUCUUCGAGACGAGGCGAGUCAUUUCAAUUGAUAUUUUCUCAAAAAUAAAUUAUGAUAAUUUGAGUAUAAAAAUAAUUAGAAAAUUAGGUUACUUUGAAAAAAUAAAUUCGAAAUAACGUCCAAUUUUGAAAAUAUCCAGUAUGUAACAUAAUUUAGACAAAUGUAUCCAUUUUCUUUCACUUAAAAAGAAAUACCUGCGUCAGAUUUUUGAACCUAUUCAAGAUUUUACUACAAACUGUAAUAAUGAAUUAUGUUGCAGAUUUUAAACAAAUUUAUAUAUACCUCUUAUAUAUAGCAAAAUGUAUCUUUAAGAUCAAAUUAAUCUUAAAUUAGACAUUCUACCUACUUAACUAUUAGGAAAAUGACCGCAUCGUUUUUUUUACUAACACAGUGUCAUACAUAGACCCUGAUUUUAUGGAAGUAUGUCGCAGCUAAUAGAAUUAGGAGUGGUCCAAGUCCUUACUAACCUUGUCGCAAAUGUAAUAAAUUGACAAGCUUUCAAAUGAUUAUGCAAUAUGUAUCAAUGAACUGAAUAAAAUAUACAAGUCUGCAUACAACUCACGUAUGUAGGACUAUACUUGUUUGCUGCUAAUUUCACUUGACAUAUCUUCGGAUAUAUCUUCAGAUUACAAAAACUGUCUUUAUCGUUACUAUUGGCUUAUUUUCAAUGCAAUUGAAUUGGGGUCGAAUUAAAAUCAUAUCAAAAUACAGGUCAAAUAAACGUCAAUAUUAAGUCUAUUCAAUGUGAUUUCAAUUUGUUUUUGAUUGAUCCCAUUUCUGUUACGUAAAAAGUCAGCCUACUGUUGCGCAUUUAUAUGUAUUCACAUAAUGCGUAUAUAUGAAUAGAGUACCCUCUAGUGUCAAGAGAUUCUAGGCCACUGUCGUUAUACAUGGAGGCCUCUGAUAGCAUUUUAACUAGCAUUGCCACUAAAGGGAGUGUUUACUUCUUAAUCACUAUUCGCUAGUUCACUGUCUCCUUGCUCGUACCCCUAAUUGAUAAUGGCAUUAUAAUUACAAAUUGAUGAUCCAAAAUGAUUUGAAAUAAUUGAUGGAACAAAAAAUAGACUACACUUCGCUUCAAUUUGGUUUUUAAUUCAUACAAUUGUAGUAAAAACUUGAUUGGUACCAAAAGAUUUUAUCUAUCUUGAAAGAAAUUAACUUUCAUUUUCAUAUAUUAAAAAAAAAAAACACGGAAUAGCAUAGUAGAAAAGAGAUUUAAUCUUUUAUAAAUUAAUUUCUUCAACCGAAUUAAAAAUAAAUAUGUCACGUACUUGAUCGCAUCGAAAUUGGACGUUUUUCUACUAACGGAAAUUCGCCUCUUUUAAUUCUAAUUAAGUAUAUUAUAUCUUAUUUGGCUAAAGUGAUUUUUUAUGAUCAUCGAGUGGGCUAUUCUCCGAUUCGACUGUUACUUGGACGGCUUGAAACAUAUAUUGGCUCAAAAACUAAUAUAAUGUAACUUGAACGCAUUCAGUGUCUAUUUCGUGCAAUACUAAUAAUUGUAUUAAAUGUUAUUAUUAGGACAAUUGUGAUUUUAAUAAUAUAGUUGAUUAUAUUUUAUCGUAUAGUUUAAUUGAAUGAAAAAAAAAAUGUUUUAAAAAUAUAUGUAAUAUCAUGUAAAACUAAGGUUCAAUGUCUAGAUUUAUAGAAGAGAAAAGUUACAAGUAUAUAGACUGUUACGUUGAUAUAUUGGCUAAUAUAUAUUUAUUUUAUGAUAGUGAAAACAUUUAUUCGUUCAAUUGGAUAUACUUCGCUAAAUAAAUGUUUUAUGUAAUAAUUAUAAUGUUCAAACAUCGUUUACUGAAAUGCAUCUGACAUAGUCAUGUUUUAUGUUUCCAAUCGACUUCGCAAAAGAGUUCUCAGUUUGGAUCUUUGUGUGUGUAUGUACCGCGAUAAUCUUCGCCGAUUUAAAAUCGAUUUUUUGGUAAUUCUUCUCCAUAAAUAAAGUUUUUUUUUUUAUUAAAUUGUACUUGUGAGUGUGUGUACAAUUAAAAAAUAAUAGUCAGGCAAUAAAAAUUUAUUUAACGUUUAUUAAAGAACAAGCUAAUAUAGUUUGUUCUCUAAUUGCUAACUGGCCGAAUUGAUUGAUGAGUUAUUAUUGGAGAAGUCCAAUUCUCACUAAUUGAUAACUCACCAGUGUAUACCAAUAGCUGAGACAAUACUUUUCCAUUUUAUAUCAAUAAAAAAAAAAGAUUAAAGAAGGCACACCGAUUCAAGUCCCUUUUCAACGUCAAAGUUUUGAUUCGUACCCACAUAACAAAUUUAACUUCAAUUACUAAAAUAUGUCACAUAUAUUACAAAAACUGCAAUAUUCUUAUUGAUCAGUACUAAGAAAGUUCUUUUAUUCGAUAUUUUUGGCAAUUUUAUAGGUGACGGUUACCACUUUCCAUCAGGUGAUCCGUCAGCUUGUUUGCCAUUCAAAGUUGUAUAAAAGAAAUUCUAAUUCGAUUUUGAUAGUUCUUUUCCAAACGGUUUACUUUCAUAUUGGUCUUAAUUUUAUUCCUUUUGAUACAGCCUUUAUAUAUGACAUUUUUUCUUUGUUUCUUAACACCUAAAUCAAAAGUGAAAUUUAUUAAAUACUACUUUUCAACAGAUUUCUAAAAGAUUCCCAAUUUAGUUGUAUUUUUAUGUUUCUUGCCUCAUAACUCUGUCAUUUAUAAACAGAUAUGGAAUUUAGAUUGGAUCCAUAGAAAUCUUAUCAAACUCGAAUCAAGAGUUUAGUUUUUAAAUAAAAAUAACCAAUUUUGUCAAAAUUGAAGUCGAUUUUUUUUUAGAAUACAAACUUAUACUUAUACUUAACAUAAAACAAGACACUGUCAGUUAUCACACGCAUUGUUUUGGUGUAAAUUUUAAAUGUUUAGUUGAUAGGUACUUUAGCUGUACGUUUAUAUUAAACACGUAUUAUAAAGUGUUGACAAUCAUACUAUAACAUGUAUUUAUUAUUAUUCCCAAAUAAAAUAUUGAGUUAAUUA